GCGACCAGCCACCGACGUGUGUUACGGUCGGAGCUCCAGCGGAAGCUGCGAGGGCUGCCUGUCUGUCUUUCUCCCUCUAUCUCCUCUAUCUCUUUAUUUUUUCACCGGGUGAUCUUCGAAAGAUCGAUGGAAACCGAUGCGAGGAGAACGUUCUUCGUGAUGUCAUCAAUGAAUUUUUAGUGGAUUCUUUCUCUCUCUCUCUCUCUCUCUCUCUCUCUCUCUCUUUUUCUUUUUUUCUUGUUGUCUUUAGAAAAAGUCGAGCUUUGAAAGGAGGGUAGUAUAGUGAGCCCUCGAACCACGUGGCUACGGCUCAAAGUUAGUGCGUUAAAAUAGAGAAUUUGAAUUUGAAUCUUUUCUUCGUCUCUUCAUGAUAUUCUUUUUAAUGAUACUGCACGGACGAAAGUAUAGGAAUUCGUGACGUGUGAAAACUUUUCAUGAAAAAGUUACGCUUGUUAUUUAUAUUGUCUACGAUUUAAUCGACGUUUGGGAGAUACUGGUCGAUAUUCCGUCGUUCGAUUAUCAAAAACGAUUCUUUUCGCGAAAGAUCAUGUGAUUAAUGGGUUACAGUGUUUCCAUCCCUACUCCUUUUUCUCCCAUAGCUUUUGGCCGAACACAAUGACACAGCACGAAGCCUCGUCGAACGGGAAUAAUAGAAUCGUCGAUUCGCUUUCUUCUUUCUUUUUUUUUACUUCCUCGUUUCUCGUAAAUAAAAAGAAAAAAAUAAAAAGAAAUGGAGGGUUAAAGGGUGGGCCAUGCCGGUAUAGGAAAAAAAGAAUCUCGUUAAUCUCGCGAAGGAAAAUGUCGUUUCGCAAAGAGUCGCAGUAACGAGGUGCCGUGUAAUCGAUAUCGCGUCGAUAUUCUUUUUUUAGAAUAUUUAAGAGGUCGUCGUUCACAUAACAUGUUUCAUAAUUUAUAAUAUAUUUUGCGUCAGCGAAUGAACGAAGAGAAAGAGAGAAAGGGACAUUUGGGAGAAGAGUAAAAAAGGAAAAUAAAAAAAGAAUAAACUUGUCGAUCUCUCGAAGUAUGGGAAAAAAGAUUUAAAUUUUGGCGGGACUCGUAGAUAGGAGAACGCGUUUGCUCGAGAGAGAAUCGAAGGUGCACGCCGUGUGUGGAGAUUAUUCGAAACUCCUCGGAUAAGAACGCGAGGAACGCGCCGUUACGGGACUUUGUUCGAUGGUGGUAGUGUACUCUUGGUGGUGUGAUGGUGCCGGUUUGCGGUAGAACGCUUAACCGAUGUUGGGCUUGCACGUGUGGGUAACGUGCAGCACAUUACGUAAUUCAAGCCUCACAAACAGGAGCAGUGAGUUACAGUUCAGUCCGGGGGAGUAUCGGAUCGGCAUAGCCAAACGCAGCGCUCUAAUUACAAGCAGCAGUACGAAGAUCAGACUGGUGAUGUUCCAGAAAGAUUUUUAAAUGAAUAAGAUUUGGUGAGGAAAGUUUCGAGAAUGCGUUGAAUCGAGCCACGUCGUUGACGAACUUGGGCUGUGGGAAUGGAUUCGACCUUGUUGCUACUCCUUUUAGUCGCCUCGUGGAGCAGCCUCGGAGUUGUCGUCCUCGGUCAGCAAGGUCCGGAAUUCGUUCUCGAGCCACCAAGCACUUUAGUUUUCUCCAACACAACCGGCUCUCAAUUGAGUUGUUCCGCACAUGGGAGUCCGACGCCACACGUCACGUGGAUAACUAGUCCGGAUCAAAGAUCGGUCUCGGCGGUUCCCGGACUACGGCAACUGUUGGGAAACGGGACGCUUUAUUUCCCGCCGUUUCUAGCGCAGGACUUCCGUGCAGAAGUUCACAACGCGAGAUACAGAUGUCGAGCGACCAGCUCCGUUGGGACGAUACUAUCUCGCGAGGUCACUCUACGUGCAGUUCUCACGGUGUCCGGAUAUGACGUAAGAGUAAACAGAUCGCCAGUAGUCGAGGGUUGCAAUGCUGUGCUAUCUUGUACGGCACGAGAAGACAUCAAAGAACAUCUUACCGUCACUUCGUGGUUUCGAGACGACGCCAUACUUUUGCCCGGAAGCACGGACACUGCUUAUCGAGAUGCCACCCUUGGAGCUGCAGCACAACCCCUUACUGUUUCUAGCCUCGUUGAAUGUCUUCUUGAGUUAAGUGGAAGAUUCGUGGUAACUUCGCAAGGCGAUCUUCACAUAAGGGCAGUCAGACCAGAGGACGGCAGAGUCACUUACUCCUGUCUGACCCUUCACGCUUUAACCGGUGAACGAAGGAAAAGCGAAUCUGCCACUUUGACGGUCACCGAACCCACAACAUCCAUAGCACCGAGGCUGAUGCAAAGAUCGCAAAUUGCUAUCUCUGCGGAAAGCGGAUCGGACGUGCAUUUGACCUGUUCUGCCCAAGGAAGCCCACCACCGCAAUUUACCUGGUAUCGCGAUGUUAACGGACAAGCUAUACCAGUGGAGUCGUUCGGUAGAAUUCAACUUUGGGGUGACCUGAUGCAAAUUCGUCGUGUGGACGCUCAGGAUGCCGGAAGGUACAUUUGUCGAGCAAGUAACCAACUAGGCGAACAACGAGCGGAAACGCAUUUGUCGGUCACGUCGAAGUUGAACGCUAGAAUUCAGCCUCGUCUCCAGGUCGUCAAUUCCGGUGAAACUGCAACGAUGAACUGCACGGUCGAGGGUUAUCCGGUCGAGAGCGUCGAGUGGUUGCACGAUGGUGUAUUGGUAUUGACCGCUCAGGACACGAGAAUCAGAUUGUUGGCUCCCAUGGUGCUCGUGAUAGGAUCCGUUGGCCGUAGAGAUAAAGGGAUGUAUCAAUGUUUGGUGAGGAGCGACAAGGAAAACGCGCAGGCAACCGCGGAAUUGAAACUGGGAGAUACGCUUCCAGAAUUGCAGUACACUUUCAUCGAGCAAGCACUAAGGCCAGGACCACCUGUGUCUUUACGAUGUUCGGCAACUGGUUCACCACCACCGUCCUUCACGUGGCUACUCGAUGGUGAACCAUUAAGUGAAAUUGCAGCUGGACAUAGAUACGCUAUAGGACAAUAUGUCGAUCAAUCCGGAGACGUUAUCAGUCAUCUAAACAUAUCGUCCGCUGGAACGGAAGACGGUGGACUUUAUGCUUGCGUAGCUUCCAACACAUUGGCAAAAGUGGAACACGAAGCUAGAUUAAACAUAUAUGGACCACCCUAUAUCCGAUCGAUCGGUCCUGUACGUGCUAUAGCUGGUAUGGAUAUGACUAUAACUUGUCCUUAUUCCGGAUACCCAAUCACGACGGUUGAGUGGUCGCGUGGUGGCGUUGAACUACCAUUGGACAUAAGACAUCGCGUUGACAGCGGUGGUCAUUUAACUAUCGGUCACGUUGAUCCAAAUGAUGCGGGAACUUAUACUUGCAAAGUACGAGCUCGAUCGGGAGAAACAGCCAGCAGGGAUAUCCGACUCACCGUGAGCAGUCCACCCGUUAUGAGUCCCUUCAAUUUUCCUUCGAACUUGCAAGAAGGUAGUCGAGCUCAAGUCACUUGUAGCGUCAUAUCAGGCGAUCUUCCUAUUUAUUUUUCUUGGUUGAAAGAUGGCGAGCCUUUGCCUUCUUCUCUUCGAAUCGAAGAGAGAGGUGCUGAAUUCUUCAGUCUAUUAGUCUUCAAAGAACUUUCAUCUCGGCAUAGUGGCAAGUAUACUUGCGUAGCAACGAACAACGCGGCCAAGGUCAAUCAUACCGCCGAAUUAUUAGUCAAAGUGCCACCACAAUGGAUCUUCGAGCCACAAGAUGUAGCAACUCUUCUUGGCAACCAGUUGAACGUUCAUUGCGAGGCCAAAGGCUUCCCACCACCUCUCAUCGCAUGGCUUCGCGCCAGAGGCAGAACUUCCAACGAUUAUCAACCCCUAGUUGAUGGUCUCAAUGGUAGACUAACUAUAUUACCUAAUGGAUCUUUAUGGACAGCAUCUGCGGGACCGCAAGAUGAAGGUCAUUAUCUUUGUCGAGCUAACAACGGUAUUGGCUCUGGAUUAAGCAAAGUGAUUUAUGUUUCUGUACAUGAACCCGCGAGAUUCGAAUUUCAAAGUAAAAACGUGACAAUUCGUCGUGGCGAAUCUGUCACUUUAGAUUGCACGGUAAUUGGUGACAAUCCGAUAGAAGUACAAUGGAUGCAUAAUAGCGAUCGAUUGGAUACGAAUAGUCACAGGCUUAGUAUCAGUCAAAUAAAAACUGACAAUGGUUUGAAAUCUCAAUUAUCUAUCAGUAGUAGCGAUCGACAAGAUUCUGGUGUCUAUAGAUGUACUGCUAAUAAUGCAUAUGGUAGAAGCGAGCAUCUUAUCUAUCUAGCUGUACAAGAGAGACCCGAUCCACCUGCUUCUCUUGAAGUCAUAGAAAUUGGAUCACGAUCUAUAAGAUUGUUAUGGAAAAAGGCUUUUGAUGGGAAUAGUCCUAUAAGAAAUUACGUCAUACAAUAUCGAUCUCUUAGUCAUGGUAUAAACGACGAUUGGAAUCCUGCGAAAACUCACAAUGUUUCUUACUCACCAGGAAAUCCUAACAUUGCAAGCAAUGCUAUACAUCCAACGCAAAAUGGCCUGUCACCGUUUGAAACAACGAGCGACGAUCAAGAGGUAGCCCUGGUCGGUGGUCUUCAUCCUGCAGUCACCUAUACUUUUCGAGUAUUCGCAAUAAAUUCUAUCGAUGCUAGUGCUCCUACUGAACCUGUAGUAGCUAAGACUCAAGAAGAAGCACCUACUGAACCUCCACAAAAUAUCAAAGUACAAUCGGCAGGACCUGGAGAGCUUGUAGUUAGCUGGCAACCACCUCCUAAGGAAUCAUGUAAUGGAGACCUUUUGGGCUACAUAGUAACUUGGUCGGAACAUUCAUCCUCGACAUCGGGUGUAAAUCAAAGCAAAAGCCUUACGGUGAAUGGCUGGGCAACCACGAAAGUACAGCUCACUGGUCUGAGAAAAUUUACCAAGUAUGACAUAUCAAUCAGGGCUUUCAAUAGCAUAGCUAGUGGCCCGAGUAGUACGCCUAUAGUUGGAACUACUCAGGAAGGAGUGCCAGAAACACCUCCUACACAAGUCACAUGCGUUGCACUGUCUUCUCAAUCCGUUAAAGUAUCUUGGAACGCACCACCUCCUCAUCAGCAUGGCGGAAUUAUUCAAGGAUAUAAAGUUUAUUACAGACCAGUGCCUACUGAUAACAUGGAUAUUUCAACGGUGGGUGAAGUAAAACGAACAUCAAGCAUAGAAACUUAUCUGCACACCUUGUAUAAAUAUACGAACUACUCUAUCAGAGUCCUGGCAUACACGGGAGCUGGUGAUGGUGUAUUGAGCCAACCAAUUUAUUGUAUGACAGAAGAAGAUGUUCCUGGACCUCCAGCAGGCAUCAAAGCUUUAGCAUUAACUGCAGAAAGUAUACUGGUAUCAUGGUUACCACCUUUACAACCUAAUGGCAAUGUAUCCAAGUAUACCGUUUACAGCAGAGAAGCUGGUUCCAGUAAUCACAAUACUCAUACUAUGCAUGAACCUCCAUCAUCACCAACUGAUACUCUUACCAUGGAGUUACGUGGUCUAGUUGAAAGACAGCUGUACGAAUUCUGGGUAUCCGCAACAACUGGCCUUGGAGAAGGGGAAGCAACUACUAUAGUAACGCAAACGACAAAUACCAGAGCACCUGCAAGAGUAGCUUCGUUUUCGCAACUCUUAAGAAGGGCUGUCAAAUCAUCAAUCACGUUAUCUUGUUUGGUUGUUGGCAAUCCUACACCACGCCCAAUUUGGACUUACAGAAAUGGUCAAGUAUCAACUGGCAGGCACUACGAAUAUACGCCUGAUGGUCAUCUCCAUAUAUGUGCGCUAGAACAAUCUGUAGCUGGAAAUUAUUCUUGCUCUGCUAAUAAUCAAUUUGGUGAAGAUUCUAUAACUUACACAUUAGUAGUGGUCAUGCCACCGAGAUCACCAACCUUGGAACUUCAGUAUACAACAACAAAUAGCAUAAGACUUCGAUGGAAUCAUCCUGACAAUGGUGGUGCUACUAUUCAAGGAUAUGUGUUAAGUUAUAAGAGAGAUCAAGGUGGUUGGGAAGAAAUCGCAUUAUCUCCGGAACAAACCGAGUUCAUAUUAACCGGCUUAAAAUGUGGAUCAUCAUAUCUGGCUCAUCUAACUGCUCAUAAUCGUGUUGGCACUGGAGAUCCAAGUUCAUUGAUAAGUGCAACAACUAAAGGAACUGCUCCUUUGUUACCGAAAGAACGAGAUAUCAUAUCAGCGAAUGGAACUUCCGUAAAACUAAACUUAUUAUCCUGGCCAACCGGAGGAUGUCCGAUUCAAUACUACACUGUUGAAUAUCGUAGACGUAUUAAUACCGAAUUAUGGAUCCUAGUAGCUAGUAGGGCUACCGAAAAUCUUGUAAUAAGAGAUUUAAAAACUGCCUCAUGGUAUAGCUUGCGUUUAACUGCACAUAACGAUGCCGGAUCUACGCAAACUCAAAUGGAAUUUGCGACGACUACGUUAAGUGGAGUAAGUAUUGGACCACCAAAUGAUCUGAUCAUGGAAGACGAUGUAAAGAAGAGUAUACCAAACCACAAAGUACUCUAUGUCGUCGUACCAUUAGUCUGUGCUAUCAUCCUCAUCAUAUCAGCUAUCAUCCUAGGAUAUGUCAUGCUCAAACGUAGCGGCAGGUCCAAUUAUCUGGGGGAGAUUCUGCCUGGUCAACAACAACAGCAACAAACUGGACUUGGUUUGGUGCAACAACAACAACAUCACCAUCUAUCAAGCUGUAUGUCUACGGUGCAACUAAAGUCUACGGCAGAACGAGACAACAGACGUAAUCAUCAAGUAUAUACGAGUUCACCGGUUAAACAAGAAAAUCACAAAUCGAAUGAUCAUGGAUCAGAAAUGUAUGAAAUCAGCCCAUACGCAACGUUCAGUGUACCAGGAAGAGAAAAUCGUUCUGUGACAACGGCAACAUUAGAUUAUACGAUGCAAUUUAAAACGUUUGGUCAUCUCGAGAAUGAGGACAUCAAUACUAUCGAUUAUGAAAGAUCCAGCGUAGAUUUUGAAAGGUCCAAAACUCCUAGGUGGCAUAAACAAAGAUACUUCCCGAGCAUCGCUGAAGCAGAGAGCAAACUUCGUUCGAGUCGACAAGGUUCCGGUAGUGAUACUUCCGGUAGUCCUUGUGGCGAAUGUGCCGGGCCUAGUUACAGAGUGCCGGUCAAACCUUGUAGAGAUGUAUUUUCACGAGGUGUGGAAUCGAGCACGGAAUCUAACAACGAAGGUUCACCAUCGCUCGCGAGACGACGAAGCCGACAACCGAGCCGGUCCACUCGCAGUUCGGUGGAGGACAUGACGCUGUUGCCGCCAAGCGGGUUCAGCGACAGCCGUGAAUUGAGCGACGUGGAGUGCGAUCGUGACCGUGAUCGUGAUCAUGAGCGUGAGCGUGAUUGGCAGGGCCUGUCCGUCGGGGCCCGCCAUGGCGGCAGCUUGGGUAGACUCCCAAUUGAAGCCGUCGAAACUAUGCUCGCUAGGUACCAACAAAGGAAGGAACAAGAGAGACAGGAGUUCACCAUACACGUAUGAU